GUUGUGAUUGUCAUGCGUCUACUCAAAAGAAAAUCUCUAAAAUAAAAAUUGUAUGUGGGAAAAUGGGCGUGUCCUUAGGCAACUAUAAUGCCUUCAGGUAAAAUUGGAACACGUGGUUCACAAAUCGCUUUUAAGCCAUGGUAAAUAACUUGUCUUUGACAAGUUGCAACUAUAUUCACCACAGAAUAAGCAACUUAAGUCUAACAAAAGAACAGCACAGUUGGGACAUUCUUUUAUCUACGAAUUAGCUGUUUCUUGUAACCUUUAUAGGUGAAUUAAUUUAUCUCCAAUAGUACAUGAAAGCAGCAGAAGAUGAAUACUGAGGACGCGUCGCGUGGUCACUUCAGGUAGAGACAUGUUGUUCUGUUGGGGGGACAGCUCCUCUGGACAAUUUGGUCCACAGGCAGCCUUUAGUCCGGUGUCCUGGUCCGGUCCCGGGGACUUAACCAGUGUCUGUUGCGGAGAGCAACACACUUUAUUCCUCCAGAGGGACGGAAAAGUCUUAUCUUGUGGACAAAACUCCAUGGGUCAGCUUGGCCGAAGGAAUGCUAAAGUUAAGAUGCUCGGCUGUGUGGAGGGGUUGGGUGACGUUGUGUCCUUGGCUUGUGGUAAGAACUAUAGUCUGGCUCUGUGUUCAUCUGGACAAGUGUUUGGUUGGGGUGCAGGAGAUGACGGACAGCUGGGACAGCCAGUGCAACUCAGCCACAUUCAGAGACCAAGCCGGGUGUCUUUACCAAAAAUGUCCAUUCAGAUCAUUCAGGUAGCCUGUGGAAACGCCCAUUCCAUGGCACUGACUAAAGGAGGAGACGUCUUCUCCUGGGGCUUAAACAGUCACGGCCAGCUGGGCCAGGGUAAGGCGGUGCCCCAGCAGUUUGCGCCCAGCCUGGUGCGGGCCCUGACCGGAGUAGCAGUCACCCAGAUCUCAGCCGGAGGAAGUCACACUCUGUUCCUCACGCUCUCCGGACUGGUGUACUGCUGCGGGGCUAAUAAGCACGGGCAGCUAGGGCUCAACAGAGUGGAUGAAAAAGGCAGGUUUAACAUCUGUGUGGUUCCUGCUCUCAGACCUCUGGGCGUCUCCUUCAUAAGCUGUGGAGAGUCGCACACUGCUGUGUUAACCAAGGAAGGAAAUGUUUUCACGUCUGGAGAGGGACGUUACGGUCAGCUCGGUCACAGCUGCACCACCGAUGAAGUCAGACCCCGACUGGUGGAAGGUCUUGGAGGACCAGCAUCUCAGAUUGCAUGUGGGAGACAUCACACUCUGGUUUUGGGGUCCUCUGGUCAGCUGUGGGCAUUUGGCCUCGGGGACAAAGGUCAGACAGGGACAGGACAAGGAGAAAACAGUCUGUCCCCCUACCUGGUUCAGCUCCCAUGGACUUCUGACAGCGCAGUGGCUCCACUAGGUGACUUAAACAUAUCAUCUGGGUGGAAUACAAACUUCAUUUACACUUCUUCUGCAAAGGUCCCUGAAGUUGGUCGGAUAAUUGGGCGUCUUGAUGAGACCAAACUUCAGAAAUGGCUGAGAAUGAGACGCGGAGAUGUGGAGACAAGAAGAGAAAUAGAAGCAAUGUUUCUCACCAGCUCAAGUCUUGUCGCGAGUUUCACAAAAGCCGAUGGGACUCCUCUGGAAGCAGGAGCCUUAACGGUGGACCAGGAAGCUGCCAGUAGAGCCUUUGACCAGAUGUUGGCCGUUCCUUGGAUCAGACAAUCAGUAAAACUAGACUUCCUGGUAAGCCUGCUUGCUUCCUGUUCAAGGGCCUUAAAGUCUCCAGAGAUCUUCAUGGUUCUGCUCAGCUGCCCCCUUCUGCAGGAGGACUCCUAUGUGAUGGAGGCUGUGGCUCUGGCUAUCGUCAUCUGCGAUCUACGCGAGAAGAAUCAAGCCUUACUCGAAAGCUGGUGGUCUUCUCUGUCGGCUCCUUUGCUGACGAGGCACAUCAUGGUCUUCAAGAAUGCCCUGGCCUUCACGCUAAGAAGCAACGUUUUAGCAACUCACAAGCCUGGAGUCCAAUACCUGCUGGAGAGCCUCAAGCUGCUCUACAGAGCAAACAAAACUGGGAAGUCCUACAAAGUCCCACUGAGCACCUUUUACGUAGAGGAAGUUGCUACCAUUAAUCCAGUGGAAGACAUCACUCUCUGGUUGGCUUUCUGCAAAGAAGAGGAAGACAAAAUACCUAUCAUUUUCUGCCGCUACCCCUUCGUUUUCCCUCUGGACUGUAAGGUUGCGGUGUUCAACAUCUUAGCGUUCGUGAUGAAGGAGGCCUAUUAUGAAUUGCCCGGGAUGGGUCGUGAGUGGCCCGAGCCGUGGCUCCUUGAUGCUCCAGAGUUUACAUCUGGCCCAUUUUUCCAGCUGACAGUGAGACGAACUCACUUGGUCGAGGACACCUUCAGGCAGCUCGCUGCAAGUGAUCACUCCACCUUCAAAAGGAACCUUUUGGUGAGGCUUGUGGAUGACCACAACGUCAUGAUUGUCAACAAAAGGGAUUUUUUUCUCCACGUGUUCGAUGAGCUGAUUGUUCCUGAGUCUGACAUGUUCAUGCACAACGACAGUAGGACUCUGGUCUGGUUCCCACCCAAGCCAAAAGUGGAGGAGAAUAAGUACUUCCUGUUUGGCGUGCUGUGUGGCCUGGCUCUGUACAACCACAAAAUCAUCCACCUGCCCUUUCCACUGGCUUUGUUUAAGAAGCUGCUCCGAGUCAGAACCUCCCUGGACGACAUGAAGGAGUUUGAUCCAAUAAUGGCAGAGUCUUGGAGGUGCAUUUUGGAGGAUUACACUCCGGAUGAAGUGGAAGCCCUGGACCUGACUUUCACCGUGUCCUGGGGUCAAGAGGAAGUUGAACUAGAUCCAAAUGAAGCUGGAAAACCUGUCACCUGGACAAACAGGAAGGAGUUUGUUGCUACCUUUGUUGACCACGUCUUCAACAAAUCAGUGGAGGGGGUGUUUGAGUUGUUCGAGAGAGGCUUUUUCAAAGUGUGCAACAUAGACGUGGUGGAGUUCUUCCAGCCGGAGGAGCUGCAGGCAGUGAUGGUGGGCCAGGAGAAUUAUGACUGGGAGGUCUUCAAAGAGAGCACCGUGUAUGAAGGAGAGUACCACGCUUACCAUCCCAACAUCCUCACCUUCUGGGAGGUGUUUGAGAAACUCACACACGAGGAGAAGAAGAAGUUCCUCUUGUUCCUCACAGGCUGUGACCGAGUGCCCUUCGUGGGAAUGAAGCGCACCAUAAUGAGGGUGGCUGUGCUGCCCAACUCCAGUGAACGGCAUCUACCUGAAUCCCUCACCUGCCACUUGCUGUUGCUGCUGCCCAUCUAUCGGAGAUACCCGGCAGACAGGACAAUGCGGACCCGCCUCCUGAAGGCCAUUAAUCACAACCGAGGCUUCUGGAAGGAGUAGAUGAAGCAGCGAGGGCUUUUUAUUUACAUUCAUACGUGAAUUUUAUCCUUCCACGUCAGUACUAGUUUGAAACGGAUGUAGCUAUGUUGACAUUUAGCAGUUAAUUAGAAUAUGUUUGUUUUAGGAAGGUGUUCCGUGUUUCAAACCUGUUUGAUCAAAUUUCGUUAACCUUUGUACUCUGUUGUAGGUAACCUGUGCAGUCCUGACAUGACACGUUUUAAGUCUAGUGAGAUAAAUAGAAAUAUGUUUUAGUUGGAAAUUGUUUUAGUAUUUUAUAAAUGUGUGGAAAUUCACUGUCUGGUAAUGUAAGUGCAGAUGUUCCUUCUGCCGUUCGAGCUUUAAUAAAACAUCUAAAUGAAAGUCUG